AUGCAACACGGCGACUCGAUCGGCGGCACUGUAACACAGUUGCUCGAUCGGGUGUCAAAACUUAUAAAUUGGCAAUGUCCGUACUAUUUGUGCUCCCUAGUAAACGGUGAACACCAGAUACGGCUAGAAGAAACGGCGGAGGCGGAAAAACGACAAUACUGUCCGUACUGUUUGUGCUCCCGUUUGGACGGUGAACACCAGAUACGACAAAGCUGUAGGACUGAAACGAUACGAUACGAUACGAUUUGGCUGGCUCGCCGGGGUCUAUUUACUACAUACCCCGGCUGCUUCGGCUUUUGA